AUGGAGGAGGCCGAGGCCGGGGCGGCCGUGCCCGCGGCCGGGGAGGCCGAGCUGAACUUGUCCCGCCUCAGCGUGUCCCCGGAGACGCUGGAGUCCGAGCUGGAGUCGCGGGGCGAGGAGGAGCGGCGCGGCGCGCGGGAGGCGCUGCUGCGGCUGCUGCUGCCGCACAACCGUCUGGCGUCGCUGCCGCGGGCGCUGGGCGGCGGCUUCCCGCACCUGCAGCUGCUGGACGUGAGCGGCAACGCGCUGACGGCGCUGGGGCCCGAGCUGCUGGCGCUGCGCCGCCUGCGCACGCUGCUCGCCAAGAACAACCGGCUCGGCGGGCCCGGCGCGCUGCCCAAGGGGCUGGCGCGGUCGCCGCUGGCGCGCAGCCUCCAGGUGCUCAACCUCAGCGGCAACUGCUUCCAGGAGCUGCCCGCCCCGGUGCUGGAGCUGCGGGCGCUGCACACCCUCAGCCUCGGGGGCAACCAGCUGCAGACCAUCCCGGCCGAGAUCGAGAACCUGCGGAGUUUAGAGUGUUUAUAUCUUGGAGGAAACUUCAUCAAAGAAAUCCCACCAGAAUUAGCAAAUCUGCCUUCUCUAAAUUACUUAGUAUUAUGUGACAACAGAAUCCAAAGUGUACCUCCUCAGUUUUCACAGUUGCAUUCGCUUCGAUCCCUCAGUCUUCACAAUAACUUGCUGACAUACCUGCCUCGAGAGAUCCUCAGCCUUAUUCAUUUGGAAGAAUUGAGUUUGCGAGGAAAUCCAUUGGUUGUUCGUUUUGUUAGAGAUUUAACCUACAAUCCUCCGACUCUCCUGGAAUUAGCUGCCCGGACUAUUAAAAUUCGAAAUAUUUCCUACACUCCCUGUGAUCUUCCUGGGAAUCUUCUUAGAUACUUGAGUUUAGCCAGCAAUUGCCCAAACCCAAAGUGUGGAGGAGUCUACUUUGACUGCUGUGUCAGACAGAUAAAAUUUGUGGACUUCUGUGGGAAGUACCGCCUCCCCCUGAUGCACUACUUGUGUUCACCAGAAUGCUCUUCGCCUUGCAGUUCUACAUCCCAGAGCGAAUCUGACUCGGAGGACGAAGCUAGUGUUGCCGCACACAGAAUGCAGAAAGUUCUUCUUGGCUGA